AUGGCAGAUUCCGAAACUACCAACCCAGACGGCACACCCAAGAUCUCCAAGCGCGCUGCGGAGAAGGAAGCCAAAAAGGCCGCUGCAAAGGCGAAGAAAGAAGCCUCCAAAUCGUCCGCCGCCUCAGCACCCGCUCCAACCCAGCGCGAACCCGCCGACCCAUUCAAGCAGGGCUGGCUCAAGGGUGUCUACAACGAGAAGCCGGUCCAGAAAGUGCAGACCCGAUUUCCCCCAGAACCCAAUGGCUACCUCCAUAUCGGUCACGCGAAGGCGAUCACCGUCAACUUCGGCUUCGCUCGGUCAUAUGGAGGUCUCUGCAACUUGAGGUACGAUGACACCAAUCCGGCAAAGGAAGAAGAACAGUUCUUCACCAGCAUCCGGGACAUGGUGGAAUGGCUUGGCUUUGGACCGGCGAAGAUCACUUAUUCCAGUGACGACUUCGAUCGCUUGUACGAGCUGGCAGAGGAGCUGACACGGAGAGGAAAGGCUUAUGUGUGCCGCUGUUCGGCUGCAGAGGUGAAGAGCAGAAGAGGCGGCGCAGAGCAUGGGCCAAGAAGCGUCUGCGAGCACUGGAGCAGGAGUGUGGAGGACAAUCUGGAGGACUUCAGAGCGAUGAGGGAUGGGAAGUACAAAGCUGGAGAGGCGCAUCUAAGAAUGAAGCAGUACCUGGGUACGAAGCCGGAAGAUUAUGAGGUCCAAGAGGAGGAUGCAGCAGAGGUCAAGAAGGAGAAGGCGAGAAUAAAAUCCCUGGCUGAGAAUCCGGCAUUGUGGGACGUGGCCGCAUACAGAGUGAAGAAUGAGAACUACCACCACAGGACAGGUGACAAGUGGAGAAUAUACCCGACCUACGAGUUCACCCACUGCUUGUGCGACUCCUUUGAGGAAAUUUCGCAUUCACUGUGCACAGUGGAGUUCGAGACAUUACGACCAGCAUACAACUGGCUGCUGGAGGCGCUCGAUAUCAAGCUGCCGGCUUCAGAUGAAAAGGGGCCCAUGCAGCGAGAGUAUGGACGACUAAAUGUGGAGGGCACAAUCCUGUCAAAGCGAAGAAUCGCCAUGCUGGUGGGUGGCACUACGGUCGGAGCCGAGACUGCCCCUUCAGAUCCUGCAGAUGAGGCAGCAGAUGGCAUAGAUGAGAUCAAGCUUGAAGAAGAAGGCGACGAGGACACUGAAACACCAGCUGAAGCAACAAAAGCCGUUGCCAACGGUACCUCGACCGGCAGAAAGAUCCCACCUGUCGUACGCGCAUGGGACGACCCCCGACUCUUCACCCUCGUAGCCCUCCGACGGCGAGGCGUACCUCCUGGUGCACUCAAGAAAUUCGUCCUUGAUCUCGGCGUCACAAAAGCCAUCUCCAACACCGCCAUCCAUACUCUGGACGCCUGCAUCAGGACGUACCUCGAACGCACCGUUCCACGGCUUAUGCUUGUGCUCGACCCCAUCCAAGUCACUUUCACCAACCUGCCGGACGACUAUCUCGAAGAGCGCUCCGUUCCCUUCGACCCGAAAGACCCUGAAAAGGGCACCCACACCAUCCCCUUCACCAAAACAAUCUACAUCGACCGCUCCGACUUCCGCGACUCCGACGAUCCUGAUUUCUUCCGCCUCUCACCCGGCCAGAGCGUCGGCUUACUGCAUGCUGAGCACCCGAUCUCCUGCACAACCUUCCACAAAGAUUCCUCCACCGGCAAAGUCACCUCCAUAGACGCCGAAUACGGCUCCCACGUCCCCGCCGGCCGCGCCCGCAUCCACUGGGUUGCCGAAUCACCCGCCCACCACAGCCCUGUACGCGCUGAAGCACGGAUCUUCAACCCGCUCUUCAAGACUUCCAAGCCUAAUGAACUAGACUGGAAGAACGGCGGAUACUACGACAACGUGAAUCCCGAGUCUGAGAUCAUAUACUCAGAUGCGAUGAUCGAGUGCGGCUUUGAGUACGUGCGCAAGAAUGCUCCUUGGCCGAAGGAGGAAGGGGAGGCGAAGAAGGAUGGCGCGGGACACCCGAGUUGUGUGAGGUUUCAGGGGCUGCGCACUGCAUUCUUUGCGCUGGAUACGGAUAGCGAGGGCGAGAAGGUUGUGAUUAACAGGAUCGUGAGCUUGAAGGAGGAUACUGGAAAGAAGUAG